GAGUUUAUCAUAUCUUUUCAGCCAUGCCAAGCAGGAACCUGUACUGGAAAAUGCCUUGCUGCUGCCGUUAUUACCUCCUUACCCAAUACCAAGCCAAACACCUUAGCAGUGCCACAUGAUCGCUUAAUAGUGACUCGACGAGUGAGAAGGUCUGCGUUUUCGUUAUGGACUACGAAGCACGUGAUUCUGUCAACUACUGAGCAGACAUUCGCCAUUAAAUACACACAGCAGGGCAUAGGGCUUCUCCGGCGGGAGUACAAAAUUCUGAAUCAUGUCUCAGUGAAUCACCCGAAUCUCGUCAGGUGGUUGGGUGUCGGUGUUUGUAGCGGACAGGUACUGUCAUUGCUGUUCGAGCCAUGUAGUGGUGGAUCAUUGGCGAUUUUUCUCGAUGACGCUAGAAAAGCUCUUGCUCAUGGAUCUUCAUUUGAUACGCCAUCUUUAGAUUACAAAGUGCACUCCUUAGCCUAUCAUCUCCAUCAGUUUGCUUUGAGUAUUGCUCGAGCAUUGAUAUUUCUUCACGAACAAGGCUGUACACAUUCACAUGUCACAGUGGAAAACAUCUAUUUAGCAUCAGAUUACAGUGAUCCAUUAGAUAUUCCAUGUGAUCAGACUGUGAAACUUGGCGAUUUUUGUUGGGCUUCUGUAGCCCGUGUGAAAUGUGGGCGCGUACACUCUCCACAGAAUCUGUUACCACCUGAAACGUCAAUAAAUGAUGAAAACUGCUCCAGCGCAACUGACGUGUGGCAGUAUGGGUUACUGUUGGCGUCAAUGGUGACGUUAAAUUCGGCACAAGCUCUGAUUUGCCUUCCACCAGACGCACUUCUCACAGAUAGGAUUAUUAAAAAUUAUUACACGUGCCUUACAUCUGGAAUGCGUCAAGUCGACCCGUACAUGUUAUUGUUGAAGAAUAGGAUUCCUAUGUGCUUGACGUCAAAUGUUCGGAAUCGGGCAUCAAUGAAGAAGGUUGAGGUUGGUGUGCAUUCCGUUUUAUUUUGUUAA